AUGGCUAGACUUGCAAACCGAGACUUUGAGAUCCUUGAAACCUCAGGCCAAAGGUAUCUAGAAUGGAGGGUGGAUGCAAAAGCUUACCUAAAGUCACUUAGCCUCGACCACACCAUUGUCGAAGGUGGUGCCCCUACCCCUUUGGAGCAAGCGAAAGCAUUGGUGUAUCUCAAACAUCAUAUACAUGAAGAACUCAAAUCUGAAUACAUCCUUGUGGAAGAUCCCAAAGAGUUAUGGGAUAACCUAAAGGAUAGAUUUGAGCAUUUGCAAAGAAUUAUCGCUCCAAGGGCCCAACAUGAAUGGUCAGUACUCAGGUUUCAGGACUUUGCAUCAGUACGCGAUACAAUUCUGCAGUACUUCGCAUCACCUCACAGCUUAAAGCUGUGCGGAGAACCUGUGUCUGAACGAGCCAUGAUUGAGAAAACUCUCUCUACUAUGCAUGCCAAUAAUGUUGUUCAGCAAGAACAAUAUCGUGAAAGGCGUUGCGAAAAGUUCUGCGACCUAAUUGCCAUCCUUUUGGUUGCAGAACAGAACAAUCAAAUCCUCCUCUCAAUUCAUAAUCAAAGGCCAGCAGGUACCAGCGCAGCAGCAGUUGAAACAAAUGCCACUAGAGGUGGUAAGCGCUGGAAUAAGCGGGGAGGCAACUCAAACUGGAAUGGCCAGUUCAAAAAUAAGGGUAAUGGGAAAGAAAUGACAAUGGAAGUGGAAGAGGAAGAGGAAGAGGAAGAGGACGAGGACGCCAAAACUGGCGCCUAA